AAAAAUAAAAAUAAAUUAUAGCCUCCUUGAUUUUCUCCGUUACCGUAUUAGAUAAUUCCGUCUUCCCAGAUUUCAAUGAGCACCUUAGACUAUUUCUAGCAAACGCAAUACAUACACUGAUAGAUAAGCCUGCUUAGACCCAAAAAACUGAAUAGUGAAUAUAGCAAAAAUGGCAGAAAAAACCACCAGCCACGAGAAUACAAGGCAUGCAGUGGUGACAGGGGGAAACAAAGGAAUAGGAUAUGAAACAUGCAGGAAACUACUAGCUGCAAAGGAAGGAGUAGUGGUAGUGUUGACAGCAAGGGAUGAAAAGAGAGGAAUUGAAGCUCUUGAGAAGCUCAAAGAGGAGUACGAUGAUCAGAUUUUGUUUCAUCAACUUGAUGUUAUGGAUCCAGCUAGUAUUUCUUCUCUCGUGGACUUCAUCAAAACUAAAUUUGGAAAGCUCGAUAUUCUGGUACUAUUUAUUCUCCCUUCGAUUCACUUUAAUUGA